CUUGUUUGCAUUCUGUUCUGGUGACAUGAAUUUAAAGAACAUCUUCUCACAUCUUGCACGCAGACACCCUGCUUCUGCAGAAGUGAUAUCCUCAAACCCGAAUGCCUAUCCCAGAUUUCCUCCUCCCCCGCCAGAGGAGCUUUUGUCAAGAAGUUCAUAUUACAAUAACCUUCUGAGCCAACGCGAAAACCUUGCUCCCCCUGAUUCCCCAACAGAUACGCCCCUCUUCGCCCUCUAUCGCCUCUAUGAGCACCUCGUCCUCAACCGCACCACCGGUCUGCGCAAUGAACUCGAGCGAUUUUGGUUUAAUAAGUGGCCUGUUUCGUCCAUUCCGGAUCCGCAAGAUCAUUCCGAACCAGCGCGAUAUGCGGUUCUGGCGUGCAUUCCCGCUCUAAUGGCAUUGGCGUUCAACAAAAGGAUAGAACUAGGGAUACCUAGACGCGCGGAUGCCAUUAUGUCCAUGGAGGAGAUAGAGAAAUACCGGAAUGAGGAAAGAGUAUAUGAACAAGUUCCUCAGUGGACGUUAUCCGUGAAGCCACUACAAGCAAUACUGAAGAUACCCCACGAUGGAGGAGAGACUCUGGAGUCGUUUGAUGAUAAGAGAGCGAGUCCGCAGCUCAGAGAGAAGAAUAUUUUAUGCUGGCAGCCACAUAUUCAUUUUAUUUGAUUUAAGCUCAAACAUAUAGAGGAUCAAAAAGAUUAUAUUUCCAAUAUAAUAGGCUCUUUCUGUGUUCUGUUG